CCGUAGAGCCCUCAGCUUAUGACGUCAUUUGUUCCACCCCGUGAAAGGCAGGAAAGAUGUUAAUCAAGGAAUUCCGCAUUGUACUUCCCCUCUCAGUGGAAGAGUACCAUGUGGGACAGCUGUACUCUGUAGCUGAGGCGAGUAAGAAUGAGACAGGAGGGGGAGAGGGUAUAGAAGUUGUGGUUAAUGAGCCUUACCAAGAUAGCUCUGAAGUACUUUAUGAUAAUACCAAGAUUGGUGAUGGACAGUACACCCAUAAAAUCUACCAUUUAGCAAGUAAAGUUCCUCGUUUCAUCCGCUUACUGGCACCACAGGGCUCAUUGGAAUUUCAUGAGAAGGCAUGGAAUGCUUUUCCUUACUGCAGGACUGUAGUCACGAAUGAUUAUAUGAAGGAAAAUUUUUUUAUCAAGAUUGAGUCUAUACAUUUGCCAGACAGGGGAGAAUCUCAUAAUCCUCAUAACUUACCAGAUGAAUUGCUUGCGCAGCGUGAAAUAAUACGCAUAGACAUAGCAAAUGAUGAGGUUUCCAGACAGGAUUACAAAGCAGAUGAGGAUCCAGCUAAAUUUAAGUCAGAAAAAACAGGAAGAGGUCUACUCGAUAAAAAUUGGAUUAAUACUACAGAGCCAGUGAUGUGUGCUUACAAGCUAGUUACAUGUCACUUUAAAUGGUGGGGUCUCCAAAACAAAAUAGAAAAAUUCAUUCAGAAGUCUGAGAGAAGGAUAUUUACAAACUUCCAUCGUCAAGUAUUUUGUUGGAUUGAUAAAUGGCAUGGAAUGACAAUGGAAGAUAUACGCGCAAUAGAACAGAAGACUAAAGAAGAGUUGGAUAAGCAACGAAAUGUUGGCAACGUCCGAGGUACAAUGGAAACAUGAAGAGGAGGAUACUAGACAUUUAAUAACUGAUAUAGGAGCAGACAUUGUGAUCAGUGCAUUCUCAUUAUUUUACUUUUAUCAUCACAGUGUAGAGACAUCUACAUUUCAAUGUGGAAGUACAUCUCUGAGACUCCUUGCAAUUGUUGUGACUUUUGUCUGAGAUUCAGAUGAUAGGAUUAUUAGCAAAUUUAGAUGUAAACUGGAAGUAGAAAAUCAGAAGUAUAAGACAUUAUGUCCAUCUAUUUUAUAAAAAAAAGAUCUGAAAACUUAUGCUGUUUGGCAAAAGAAAAAAUUAUGGACCCCAAAUUUGUCAGAAAAAUGAGUUACUUUGGUAAUAUUUGUCUUAUUUCAGUUAUUUAAGGUAGCAAAAACUAGAAUUUAAAUAAUUUGUUAUUACCUUCCAAAGAAAAAGUGGCUGUGCCAUACUUUGAUAACAAUUCUUUAGGUCAUUUCCUUAGCUGUUGUUAUGGGGAGGUGCAGGGGGCCAUGCAGGUCAUUGCCUUUUGUUAUCACAUGUGAUAAAUGUGUAAUACAGCACAUUAGACCUUCCUGCAGGUCAAAUUUAAUGAUGAAUCUGCCCAAUGACAUUAUUUAUUGUUAAAUGAGAGGCUCACAAAUAAUUAUUAUGGCAGGAAUUAAUUAUAUCAUAUUUAUCACAUGUGACAAAAGAAGCGAUUCACCUUUGGCAUCUUUAGCGGAUUUACUAGUACUUCCCUGAAAUAAACUGCUUCUUUUGAAGAAAUGUAUGCGGAGGUACAUCAGCCAUGUAUAUAUUUUACAUGCCAUUUAGACUAUACAAGUAAUGUAAAAAACAAUACUUAUAAUAAAACUAAUAAUCUAAAGAGUUUCUGCUAAAUGGCCAAAUCCUUAUUAAAUGCAGGCCAAAGCUUGAUUUGUAGUGAAAUAUUUUUUUGAUUUAUAUACACCUGAUUUUUUUUUUUAUCUGACAAGUGACAUAUUGUAAAUGGAUGAAAACCUGUGUCAGAUGGUGAUAUUGUGAUAAAUAAAUCUCACACAUUCUCAA